AUGCAUUUCUCUCUUCCUGCGCUGGCAGUCCUCCUCGCCACUGCUACGGCCUCUCCAUUCCAAAAACGAGAUAUUCAAUGGUCCUUCGAUCUAUUCCCUACAUCAGCAUGCAACGGAACCGGUGACCCCUACGCUGGCGCUGGCAGCACUGGUUGUCGCGCGGACCUGAGCACCGUUGCUUCAGCCUACCGAUUAAACCUCGUCUCGGACGGGUGCCAUGUUGAUUUCUACGAUAACACGAUGUGCGAUGCGACUGAGCCGGAAAAUGAUGCUGCUAGCUCGAUCAGCCACACUGGGAUAUGUCGCAUUCCAACAUUAAGUCGACGAUAUGGAUCUUACCGAGUUACUUGUGGAGGAGCUGGGGAAUUGAAAUAA